AAUUCGCCAACUUUCACUGAUUUAAAUAUAAUAGUGGGACCUGAUUAGAGGCACCACGGGGCGCAGAACAGACAUGUCCUUUUCAAUCAAAGUACCCUGCUCAUCUGCAAAUAUUGGCCCAGGUUUCGAUGUGAUUGGCCUGGCUCUUUCUAUCUACCUCGAGCUUCACGUUACUACAAGGAGUACAACGUCCUCUAAAUUUCAACUCAAUUGUGCAAUCACGUAUGAGGGCGAGAGCGAAGCGGAGGUUAGCUUAGAUCCGGAAGUCAAUCUCAUCACGCGCGUUGCCCUCUAUGUUCUCCGAUGUCACGAUAAACGUGCUUUCCCUGUUGAGACUCAUGUUCAUAUCAAAAACCCCAUCCCCCUCGGAAGAGGCCUGGGUUCGAGCGGAGCGGCGGUUACCGCGGGGGUUAUACUGGGGAAUGAAAUAGGAGGCUUAAAUAUGACCAAAGCUCGAAUGUUAGAUUACUGUUUGAUGAUAGAGCGGCACCCCGAUAAUGUUGCAGCAGCCCUAUACGGCGGUUUCGUGGGCACCUAUCUGAACGAAUUGCGACCAGAGGAUCUAGCUUGGAAAGAGAUCCCUUUGAGUGAAGUUCUCCCAGCACCAGCCGGCGGUAUUGAUACUGGCGUGAAACCACCAGAACCACCCCUCGGGAUUGGCCAUUACAAAAAGUUCCCCUGGUCACCACAAAUCAAGGCCAUCACGAUAAUACCUAAUUUCGAGCUGCCCACAGCGACAGCUCGUGAAGUCCUGCCGGAAAUGUACUCGAGGGCGGACGUCAUAUUUAACCUCCAACGCGCCACUCUUCUCCCAUCAGCCCUCAGCCAAUGCCCAUUAGAUCCAGAUAUGAUUUACCUCGCAAUGCAAGACAAAGUGCAUCAGCCAUACCGAAAACACCUCGUGCCAGGGCUUACUGAAAUCCUCAAUUCCAUGACUCCUUCCACCCAACCCGGUUUAUUAGGGAUAUGCCUUUCGGGUGCAGGACCUACAAUCUUGGCCCUUGCCACGACUAAUUUCAGUCAGAUAGCCGAUCGCAUUGUUUCGCAGUUCGGACAACAUGGUAUCGAAUGUCGGUGGGAGGUGCUGGAGCCUGCUGAGGACGGGGCGCUGGUGGAAAGGAAGUAAGUAAGUAGCAUGGAGAGACGGAGGGGAUGACGAUUUUUUGGCAUGUCAUAGAUAUACAAUUUUCAUUACGUUGGAGUUUUAAUGAGGCUAGAUGACAAUAGAGAUUCCCUAUUUAUAAGCGAAGAAUUUAUAUAUAUAUGUAUAUAUAUGAAUAUAUGUCGUUAUAAUACCCCAAUAAUCCUUUAAUUCGAAUACG